CUCUGACGCAAGUCAACUAAAACUGCAUAUUUAGAUGAACUACCACUAUCCUUUUCUGGUAAUUUACAAUAUAUUUGUAGGUGAGGAAGGUAACCACACCAUUUGCAGGACCAAUUAACACACUUUCUAUUAGUAUUUCACAAUAAGAAGUCAAAUAAGGAAGGUAGUUAUAGAAGCAACAUAAUGCUUAUCAUGCUCAGUCUUUAAAAUAAAAAGGUGGUACCACCACAAAAUCUCAGAGAGAAGAAGACCUCCCUCAGCAAAUUCCUCGUGGAUUUUGAUUCAUUCACACCUCAGUUUCUCUUCCAUCUCAUUUCCACUUGUAUCCAUGGUUGAUCCUCAAAGACAGAGGAUCCACCCUGUGGAGGUGGAAGCACGGCCGCCACACCCGACAGCCCCAUUAGUACCACCAGGUUCCUUUAGAUCAGAAAAGGGAAACCCUGUGCAAGUACAUCGCCAUCCUCCACCACCUCAUGCUAUUCCAGCAACAAUUCACUCUCCACCACCAAAAAGAAGCUACUUUUGCAAGUGCAUAUGUUGGACACUAACCUUGCUUAUCCUGAUUCUCAUUCUCUUGGCUGCAAGUGCUGGAAUCCUCUACCUAAUCUUCAAACCAAAACUUCCCAAUUACUCUGUGAACUCUCUGAGGAUAACUGAUCUGAGGCUCAACUUUGACAUGAGCCUCUAUGCAAAAUUUGAUGUGAAGAUCACAGCAGACAACCCAAACAAAAAAAUUGGCAUUUACUAUGAGAAAGGAGGGAAGUUGAGUGUGUGGUACACAAAAACAAUGCUCUGUGAAGGGUCUCUACCUCAAUUCUACCAAGGUCACCAGAACAGAACAGUGCUCAAUGUGGCACUAACUGGUCAAGUGCAGGGCGGAAGCACAUUAAUGGCGGCGCUGCAGCAGCAACAACAAACCGGACGCGUUCCAUUGGAUCUCAACAUACACGCGCCGGUUGCCAUUAAACUUGGGAGGUUGAAAUUGAGGAAGGUGAGAGUGUUGGGAAAAUGCCAGCUUGUGGUGGAUAGCUUAUCUUCUAAUAAUCUGAUUAGCAUCAAGGCUAGCAAUUGUAAAUUCAGAAUGAAACUUUAGUUCCUAUGGUGGGAGAGUUAAUUAAUUUGUCAUAGUAUAUGUGAUGUAUAUUUUAUUCUUUUUGCUUUUUUUGGAUUGGAAUGGGGGAGUUUGCCUUAGUUCCCAUGAUGGGAGUGUUUUUUAUUAUUUUUUGCCUGAACUUUUUUGCUGAAUAA